UCUACUAUUUCCCCACCAUCCGCUUAUCGUACUGCUGCACUCCAUAGCUCAAUAGGAUAACAACCCGAGCACGUUUAUUGUGGCGCAACUGGUACUCCUAGGCACGGGAUUACAAAUCCAUUUUGAUAAUUUUGAUCAUGGAUAAGUGCUAAGCCUGGUGCGCUAUUGAUUUCUUGCAUUACAAGAACGAGAAAAUGGCGCGCAGUCAACAGUCUUACUUGGAUAAACUCCUGUCACACUCAAAGGAUGACUCCGAUCCCACCUAACUUCUUCUUCUGGUCUAAAUCCAAAGGAAUGAGCCUGUCGCCCAGGUUAUCUCAUUGAAGCCCCUGCUGGUGGGGGCCAGGCAUGAUUUAAAUACUCCAGGGCAGCCAUGGUCUAUGGCAGCCCUUAUUUGCGUUUGAAGCGGCUUUCAUAUCAAGAUAUUCGAUUUCUCUCAAUCCCAAGCAAAGUAGGCAUCCUCGAGGAUCCAGAAUCUGCAUCCAUCUAGGCACGUUUGUCGCAAAGCGGUUCACAAAUCAUGGACGUAACUUCGGGAAAUUUGCCUGAAGACGAAGUCAACUUCAUUGUGAAUAAUAACACUGCUAAAGAGUUCGAGCGUGCUAAACUUGAUCGUAACAAAGAAGUGACGCACUCUCCCAAAGGCGAUCAUUUGUUAAGUCGAUUUCAAGUUGCUUGUAUAAUAAUAAAUCGAAUGAUGGGUAUGCCAUUUCCUUCAAAUUAGGUUACUUUUGCCAUACUUACGACUUCAAGGGACGGGAAUCUUCGAGUCACCAACGAUUAUUAUACAACAAGAUAGGAAUGUCGGGGCUAGUCUCAUUUUGUGGGUGCUAGGAUUUAUAGCUAGCAUGGCUGGCACCUUGAUGUAUGUCGAGUAUGGCCUUACCAUUCCAUGGCGCACAAUUCAUGGAAAAUUUUAUUUUGUCCCAAAAAGGUAUCCCCUUGUUAAGAUCCAGUUUGUUACAGGAUGCUAACCAGUCCAGUGGUGGUGAACUGAACUAUCUCGGAUUCCUGGUUAAAAAUCCCAUAUACAUGGCGAUCUGCAUGUUUAGCUUUAUAUUCAUAGUGGUUGGGAACUCCGCUGCCAAUUGCGUUUCGUUUGCGGUCCAUUGCCUGGCAGCAGCAGGAAUCGAUGAUUCACGAAAGGGUGCAGUGCAAGGAAUCGCGAUUGGUACCGCUUGGCUGGUUACUUCCUUACAUUCACUAGGCAGAAUGUUUGGCAUUCACUUGAACAGUGUAUUCGCUGUUACUAAGGUGUCAAUCCUAAUCAUGGUAAUAAUUAUGGGAUUUAUGGUUUUAAACAAUCAUAUUGAACACUUCCAUCGCGACACAUCAUCAUACAAAAAUCUUGACCCGAAAACCAGUUUCGAACAACUCAGCAAAGGAGACCAUGCUCGUGGAUUUGCUGCUGCGUAUUUGAAUGUUAUAUUUACAUGCGGGGGUUGGAACCAAGCAAACUACGUAGGUACCGUGUUGAAAAACCUUCAAGCUUUCACUAACUCAGCCUAGGUUCUGGGGGAAAUUAGAAAGCCAAUGAGAACGUUUAGAGGCAUUUCAUUAUGGACUGUCGGGAUCAUGUGUACGCUGUACUUGUUGACGAAUAUAUCAUAUGUUUGUGUGAACUAUCGCUGCAACAGAAAUAGGCUGACAUCGGUUUCAGAUGAUAGUAGUGACAAUCCCACAGGAUGGAAUCUUUAUCGACGGCGAAACGGUAAUCGAACAAUUCUUUCAGCGGACAAUUGGCCAAGCUUGGAAUGAAAGACGUGCAAGUCAGGUCAUGGAUGUAUGUCUAGCAAUCUCGAGCUUGGGUAACGUCAUUGUCACUACUUUUACUGCCGCUCGUGUCAAGCAAGAAAUCGCGAAAGAAGGAAUACUUCCCUUCUCUUUAGUGUUUGCUGGAAACCGCAACAUCAUCGAAUGGGCACUCAAGAAACUCGGGCGGCCAGCUCAGAAUCAGCAAGUAGCCCCAGGCAUCCCAGCUCAGAAUCAGCAACGAGCCUCUGGCAUCCCAGCUCAGAAUCAGCAAGGAGCCGCCGGCGCUCCAGUACAACCCAAAUCCGACCCAAUUCCCCUCCCUGCUCUUGUGCUUCAUGGUGUUUUCUCCACAAUCUUGAUUCUCGCCUCACUUCGGAUUCCUCAUUCAAAGGACGCUUAUUCAUUACUUGUCGGUGAGUGAUCCAGCAAAAUUGCUUUCACUUUCCAUUUCCAAAGACAUAUGUUGACAACUUUGUACAGAGAUUUACACGUACCCCAUUGAUGCGAUGGUCGCAAUAUGUCUCAGCUUAGGAAUGAUAUUGAUGCGGUCAACAAAGUCUUCUGAAUGGAACACGCACUCUACCUCAAAUCGGUGGUUUAGCCUCGCCACAGCCGUUGUUGUUUUCGUUGCCAACGCAUUCCCAGUGGCUGCAUUAUGGAUUCCAGAAUCAAACCCUGGUAGCUCAAUACCUUGGUAUGUCGUACCUACCAUAGGAUGGACAUUAGUCUUAGGUGGCUUCAUAUAUUAUCUGGUUUUCCGUUUCGCGGUCCCUCGUUUGCUGCGUGGUCAGAUGUUGGAAGUGCAAAGAAAGCAUUUCUAUAUCAGGGAUGAUGAAGGAUAUUAUGUCCAAAAAUCCGAGAUCGUCGAACAUAAAUGGUCAGUGCCUAGAUAUAGCGACCGAACGCAAUUCGAUAGGCAGAAUAAUAGCUUCGGACUUCCUGUCAUUGAAGCAAGGAGUCCAUCGUCUUUGUGAGACGAGUUAUCGGAUAGGUUCCCACAUUAAUAUAUCUGUAGACUAGUUUAGUGAUAUUGAUAAGUAUACUUCGCAGCUUGAUACAAUUUGGCAGGUAAAACACAACAAUAAUAAUUUACUUUCACUUUUGUAUCGUUCCAGACAUGUCGAGAUUGGAAAAAUCGGCAGAUAUAGCGUAGUGCUAUGAAGCACUAAAUACUUAACCUCAUUAGUGAAUAUAUAAGCUCUUACUAAAUCUAGCGAUGCCAGAUCACUCGCUUAAAAAAAGGGUUGACCUCACUUUCUCCAUCCUGGUGAACCAAGGUAAAUCAUAGAUUUCUCAAAAGGAACUUAACAAUCAUACUCCCAGCUCGAAUCUCCAAUGAAUUACCUCGAUAAUUAAUUAGAAAGGAUGCAGCAAAGCAGAAAUAUACACAAGGUACUUUCAUAACUCCAUUUUAGCAUCGCGCUAUACUACCAUUGUCUCCCGCACAGGAAUGG